AUGGAAGGUGUUGAGUUUAAGGAGGAAUGGCAAGAUGAAGAUUUUCCAAGGCCCCUGCCAGAGGAUGAUCCUGUUGAGUCAGAUGCAUUGGCUGCAGCUGGAACAGAAAGUCAAGCUGCUAGCAUGGAGGUUAAUGGAACCAAAGUGAAGAAGAAACUAAUAGCUUCAGAUAUUAGUUUAACUUUGGAUCACAGUGAAGAAUCUGUUUUGUCUGACGACUUGGAUGAGAGUGGAGAGAUUGAUUUGGAUGAUUUAGAUACUCCUUCAGAAAACAGCAACGAGUUUGAAUGGGAAGAUGAUCUUCCAAAACCAAAAACUACUGAUGUAAUUAGGAAAGGAUCACUUACUGAAUAUACUGCAGAAGAGGAGAAGGAUGAUGGUCGACGCUGGAGAAUGUUUAGGAUUGGAGAACAAGAUCACAGGGUGGACAUGAAGGCAAUUGAACCAUAUAAAAAAGUUAUCAGUCAUGGGGGUUAUUAUGGUGAUGGGUUAAAUGCUAUUGUUGUGUUUGCUGUUUGCUUUAUGCCUGAAAGCAGCCAGCCUAACUACAGAUACCUAAUGGACAAUCUAUUUAAGUAUGUAAUUGGCACUUUAGAGCUGUUAGUAGCAGAGAACUAUAUGAUAGUUUACUUGAAUGGUGCAACAACACGGAGAAAAAUGCCAAGUUUAGGCUGGCUUAGGAAGUGUUACCAUCAAAUCGACAGAAGGUUAAGGAAAAAUCUGAAAUCGUUAAUCAUAGUUCAUCCUUCUUGGUUCAUCAGAACACUUCUGGCCAUUACAAAACCUUUUAUUAGCUCAAAAUUCAGCCAAAAAAUUAGGUAUGUCUUUACCCUGGCAGAACUAGCUGAACUCAUCCCCAUGGAAUACGUUGGCAUCCCAGAAUGCAUAAAACAGUAUGAAGAAGAAAAAUUUAGAAAGAAACAGAAAAGAGUUGACCAAGAGCUGAAUGGAAAACAAGAACAGAAAAGUGAACAGUAAGUUUGGAGUCCAAACAAGAAUGAAGAAUAUGCAGAUGGAAUGAUGCUAUAUUUGCUCUACUUAGAAUAUACACAGAGAGAAUGCAUUCUAUAUAACCUGUUGUAAAAGGUGCUUAAUUUCUUUGGACUAGCACGCAAUGGACUGCUUACUGCUGUAUUGGUUUGUCUUGACUUUAAUAGCUAUGUUUAUAUAAUCAUUUUAUACUGCUAAAUGUCAAGGAACCCUAUGUUUUCAGAGGAUAUUCUUGCAAUAGUUUUAUCUAAAUGAUGCAUGUUAUCCAGUAAAAUAUUUAUAUACCUAAUUGCUAAAGGAAAGAGAUAAUAUAUAUUUUUAUGACUGAGCAAUAUAUUGUGUGUACCUGCUGAAGG